UGCGUUACGUCAUCCAGCCUUUCUCGAGGGAUCUCAACGGGGAAAACGUGGAGCUGAAAUGUGUGAUUUGGGAUUUAAUCUUUUCGUAACACAGUGAUCCUCACAAAACUCUAAGGUUGUCAAGAAUGGAGUACAUGCAGCCUGCUGCCACACGUAGCCAAGGAAACAUCCUGUGCUGCACUUGUGGCAUCCCGAUUCCUCCGAACCCAGCCAACAUGUGCGUGCCGUGUUUGCGCACUCAGGUGGACAUCUCUGAGGGAAUUCCCAAGCAAGUCACAGUGCAUUUCUGCAAGCAAUGUGAACGGUACUUGCAGCCUCCAGCCACUUGGAUGCAGUGUGCUCUGGAAUCCAGGGAGCUUCUUGCCCUAUGUCUGAAAAAAAUUAAAGGCUCUAUGACCAAAGUGCGUCUUAUUGAUGCUGGCUUCCUGUGGACAGAGCCGCACUCCAAAAGAAUCAAGAUGAAAUUGACCAUACAGAAGGAGGUGAUGAACGGUGCCAUACUCCAGCAGGUCUUUGUGGUGGAGUUCGUCAUCCAGCCUCAAAUGUGUGACGACUGCCACCGUGUGGAGGCCAAGGAUUUCUGGAAGGCCGUGGUUCAAGUCAGGCAGAAGACGUUUCACAAAAAGACAUUCUACUAUCUAGAACAGUUGAUCCUCAAACACAAGCUCCACCAGAAUUCCCUCAACAUCAAAGAAAUUCAUGAGGGCAUCGAUUUCUACUAUGGCUCCAAGCAACACGCUCAGAAGAUGGUGGACUUCCUCCAGUGUACUGUACCCUGCAGAUCAAAGGCAUCACAGCGUCUUAUCUCUCAUGACAUCCACUCAAACACGUACAACUACAAGAGCACUUUCUCUGUGGAGAUAGUACCUGUUUGCAAGGACAACGUUGUGUGCCUUUCACCAAGGCUGGCGCAGAGCCUGGGCAACAUGGGUCAAGUGUGCGUAUGCGUCCGUGUCACCAGCACCAUCCACCUUAUUGACCCAAACACCCUGCAGAUUGCCGAGGUGGAUGGGAACACAUACUGGCGCCAUCCUUUCAACAGCCUCUGUAACCCACGGCAACUGGAGGAGUUUAUUGUUAUGGAUAUUGACAUCAUCAGAGACCAGAAGCUGGCUGCUGGAGCCGGCAUGAGGUCCAAUAAGCACACCCUGGCUGAGGUGUGGGUACAAAAAACGUCGGAGAUGGACACCAGCCAGCAGUACCACUGCCGCACAUUCUUGGGACACCUGCUCAACAUUGGGGACCUUGUCAUGGGGUUCGAUUUUGCCAAUUCCAACGUUAACGAUGAGUUCCUGAAUAAGAUGAACCCUCAUCAUGUACCUGAUGUGGUGCUAAUCAAGAAGAGCUACGACCGCAGCCGCAGAGUGAGGCGCAGGAACUGGAAACUGCAGGAGAUAGUCAGAGACCGGGAUGGCAUGGACACAGACGAUGAGAGGCAAUACCAAGACUUCCUGGAAGACCUGGAGGAAGAUGAGGCUCUGAGAAAGAAUGUUAACAUCUACCGAGAUGCCUCAAAGAUUCCAGUGGAGAGUGACACAGAUGACGAUGGAGCACCACGUAUCUCCUUGAUGGAUAUGCUGGAGGAACUCAGCCUCUCUGAUGCCACAGGAGGCGAAGGGGCUGCCAUGAUGACAGAGUAGAGAAACAACAUUCUCACAUGCCCUCUUGUUUGGAAUAUAUGGUUUGGAAUAAGUGGGACUGCUUCAUAACACAGCAUGAAAAAUAAAUAUUUCACAUUCUGCACACUA